ACAUAGACGAUUGGCCAAAGCGACAUUGAGCAUGCUCCACCUACUGCUAUAUACUUUUAGAGAGACAGAUUUUGAAGUACACAGACACCACCCUUUCCAAAGAGAGGGAGAAGGAGAGAAGACUUCUGGGAACCACCUAAGGAAGGCAGGGAAAAGGAUCUUCAUUAAGAAAACACUUGGAGGAACAGAAAGUGCUUUUUCUUGUGGAUGCUAGGAAAGGUUGACUCCAGAGCUGGAAAAGAAAUACUCUGAAGAGAGGGCUGGCAUUUUCUGGAAACAAAACACUCUCGCAUGACUCAUAAAGGCUAAACAAAAUCGUCAGCUUUCUAGUCUGUCGUCUUUUGCCUAUAAUUUGCAUCCAGAAAGCCAAUUGAGGUUUCCACAACUGAGCUAGUAGUGAAGUCUCCCGCACAGGAGACAUGUGGACAGGUGUGCACUCUGCAGGAAGUGGGUCCCUGGAGGCCUGAAUGCCCCCCUCCCAUUCAGGAGCACAGCCUGGCUACACGGAGCAGAAGAAGCAGUCAUCACACUGAUCCACUGUAACGUUCUUCAGGAUAAAGAAUUGCCAUCAUGGGAAAGUAUCUGGUGACUUGCUGCAUUGCAAUUCUCUUUAUCUUGGUGCAGACCGAUCUUUCUCUUUCCCGAAAAGGAAAAAGCAGCAGCAGCAGCAGCAGCAGUAGAAGUAGAGGCAGUAUUUCAGGGGGCCAUCGCCAGUCUAGCCGACCUCACAAACCCUCCAAGCCUGUCAGGCCCCCCAAGCCGCCAGUCAGGCCCCCCAAGCCGCCAGUCAGGCCCCCCCAGCCGCCAGUCAGGCCCCCCCAGCCACCAGUCAGGCCCCCCCAGCCGCCAGUCAGGCCCCCCCAGCCGCCUGUCAACCCCGCCCAACCACCUGUCAAGCCACAUGAGAGGCCUAUCAAGCCUGCUGAGGACCCUCACAAGCCUGUUCAUUCUGUGCCCCAGCCUAACCCACCUGUCCAAAAUCCUGGCCAGUCACAACACAACCCAGUUUACCCCCCAAACAAUCCUGGCCUCCCCCACAACCCUAGCUACCCACAAAAUCCUGGCAAUCCACAAAAUCCUGGUUAUCCCCCUCAAAACCCAAAUUACCCUCAAAAUCCUGCCUACCCGCCUCACAACCCAAAUUACCCACAGAAUCCUGGCAAUCCGCAAAAUCCUGCCUACCCCCCUCACAACCCAAAUUACCCGCAAAAUCCGGCUUACCCCCCUCACAACCCAAAUUACCCGCAAAAUCCUGCCUACCCCCCUCAAAACCCAAAUUACCCGCAAAAUCCUGCCUACCCCCCUCACAACCCAAAUUACCCGCAAAAUCCUGCCUACCCCCCUCACAACCCAAAUUACCCACAAAAUCCGGCUUACCCCCCUCACAACCCAAAUUACCCGCAAAAUCCUGCCUACCCCCCUCGAAACCCAAAUCCUGGCUACCCCCCUCAUAACCCUAAUUACCCACAAAACCCUGGCAAUCCACAGAAUCCUGGCUACCCCCGACAAAAUCCCAGCUACCCACUCAACCCUGGCUACCCUAACCAUGGUGGUGAUUCCUUUGCUAAGCCAUGGAAACCCAAGCAUCCCAAACCCAAGAUGAAGCAUGUAGCCGGAGCAGCCCUGGGCGGUGCCGCUGCGGGAGUUCUGGGCGGCUACCUCUUAGGCAGCGCCAUGUCGAAUAUGCGUUUCCGUUUUAACAACUACGAUGAGGAGCGGUGGUGGUACCAAAACCGCGACCGUUAUUCCGACCAAGUCUACUUCCAGAAGUACAGUGAGCCUGUUUCCAGGGAUGUCUUUGUGAGAGACUGUGUGAACAUCACAGUGAGAGAAUAUAUCGAGCCCACUGGGAACCAAACGGGGAACGAAACGUCAGAUGAGAUGGAAACCAGAGUUGUGACCAGAGUUGUGCAUGAAAUGUGCACUGAACAGUACCGCCUCUACUCAGGAGGAGAACACUUUGAGCAAUCUUAUAGUAAGCCCCAGGAGCAUAGGCCGCCCGACAGCGAGAACUUUUACAGGAACCGGGCAGGAACGGGGGCUGAAAAGGCAGCCGUCAGCAACAACAUCCCAUGCGGUACUGUAUCUGAUAUGGAUUUCCAUUUUAACAACUUCUUCGAGCAACAGUGGUGGUAUGAACACCACAAUCAUUCUUCCUACCCAGUUUGCUACCAGAAGUACAGCCAGCCUGUUUCACAGAAUGUCUUUGUAGGAGACUGUGUGGAUGCCACCUUUAAAAUGUAUGUUAAACCUGGUGGGAACCAGACAGCAGAUGAGAUGGAAACCAAGGUCGUGAGGCAAGCGCUAGAUACAAUAUGCACCAAGCAAUACCGCUUGGCGUCAAGUGUUGCUCUCCUCCUUGCCAAUCCUUCAAUGCUUGUGACUGUCACAUUUGCCUUGUGUUUCCUGAUACACGGAAGUGCUCCUCCUUAAGCCUGCCCCUUGUAGUUGACCUGGCCAAUGGCCAGAAGGAAGGGGGGCUUUAUAAAGCAACAGUUUUGCGGAGAACGCCUUCUUGCUUCUGUCCUUCUUUGGUGGAUUAUCUUCAAGGGUCUUCUAAAUAUUAGUGAUGGUUGCCAAGUAGACUUACUUGUUUUAGAGCUAGCUUUGAUUCUGUGGGCAGGUUCAGAUGACCGCCAGCCGGUCUGUUAACUGGUAACAAGUCAGGAAACUGGGACAUGAUAGCCCAUGCCCAAAUCCAGUUCCUGUGCCACAUGACCAAUAUCCAACCAACAGUCUUCACUCAGCUUCAAAUGUUGGGUUGAAACAGGGCAGAGAAUGUCGGAUGAAUGCUUGUAACGUGGCAUUGGAACCACACUUUGAUGGGUUCAGAUGUCAUGCCUUACAGGAGUGCACACUCUUACAUCCCAGCAUUUUUCAGACUUGCUACCAACUUACAAUCCAGCCAGUGCUCAUCUGAACACGCCCUGCAUCUAUUGGUACAAAAUAGUGGGCUUAUUCUCACAAUGCAAAUCAGGGUAGGCGGAAAAUGGAAGUCCUGCCCAAAUGAAGAGAAUAGAAAGGAACACAAACUCUGGCAAAAGAAAUGCAAGGAGACAAUAAGGGAUGAGAAAAGAGAGUUUGAGGAACUUAGAGCUAAAGGCAUCAAAAGGAAUAAAAAAUCUUCUUUAAAUACAUCAGAAACAGGAAACCUGUCAAGGAGGUGGUUGGACUAUUAGAUGACGAGGGAGUGAAAGGGAUGAUUAAGGAGGAUGUGGAGAAUGCAGAGAAGCUGAAAAAGUUAUUUGCAUCUGUUUUCACGGUUUUCACCCAGAGCCAGCGUGGUGUAGUGGUUAGAAUGCUGGACUAGGACCGGGGAGACCCGAGUUCAAAUCCCCAUUCAGCCAUGAUACUAGCUGGGUGACUCUGGGCCAGUCACUUCUCUCUCAGCCUAACCUACUUCACAGGGUUGUUGUGAGGAGAAACUCAAGUAUGUAGUACACCGCUCUGGGCUCCUUGGAGGAAGAGCGGGAUAUAAAAUGUUAAAAUAAAUAAAUAAAAUAAAUGGCAGAGGAUACUGAGCGUAUACCUGCUCCUGAACUGAGCUUCUUGGGAACAGAGGCCAAAGAACUCAGUUAAAUAGAGGUGAUGAGAGAUGAUAUUCUAAACUGUCUUGAAAAAUUAAAAAUUAACAAAUUGACAGGGCCAGAUAGCAUCCACGCAAGAGUUCUAAAAUAACUCAAAUGUGAAGUUGCUGGUUUCUUAGUAAAAAUAUGUAACUUGUCCCUACAACAAGGCUCUAUACCAGAUUAAUAUCAAUUUUAAAAAAGGAAUCCAGAGGGGAUCCAGGAAAUUACAGGCUGGUUGGCUUAAAGUCUGUCCCAGGUAUGUUGGGACAGACGUACAUUAUCCUUAUACUUAAGGAUAAAAUUGUUAAACACUGAAGAUCAGGGCCUGCUGAAGAAGAACCAGUAUGACUUCUGCAAGAGUAAGUCUUGCCUUACUAAGCUUUGGAGUAUUUUGAGAGUGUCAUCAGGCAUGUGGAUAAAGGUGAUCCAGCUGACAUAGGAUCAAUGUCAACUUUUAAAAAGUUUGAACUUUAAAAAAGCUUUUGAUAAAGUUCCUCAUCAAAGCAAAUUUAGCAGUCGUGGACUAAAGGGACAGAUUCAGUUGUGGAUUGAUAACUGGUUAAAGAACAGGGAACAGAGUAAAAAUAAAUGGACAGGUUUCACAAUGCAGGGAAGUAAGAAGUGAGGUUCCCCGCAGAUCUGUACUGGCAGCUGUGCUUUUUAAUUUAUUCAUAAAUGAUCUAGAAGUUGGGGUAAGCCGAGAGAUAGCCAAAUUUGCAGAUAACAUUAACUAUCUAGUGUAGUGAAAUACAAAACAGAUUGUUUGGGAUCUUUCCAAAAGAUCCAACUAAACAAAAUGGCAAAUGUGAUUCAGUGUAAGCAAGUAUAAAGUGAUGCACAUUGGGGCAAAAACAAACAAACAAACAAACAAAAAACCCCAGCUUCACCUAUACACUGGAUUUUGAGUUCUCAGUGACUGACGAGAAGAGAGAUCUUGGGGUCAUGGUGAACAAUGAAUUGAAAGUAUCUAAGUGUGCAGCAGCUAUGAAAAAGGCAAUUUCUAUGCUUGGGGAUUGGAAAUAAAAAUGCUAAUAUUAUAAUUUA